AUGCAGCUUCCACCGCGUCCAUAUCCGCCGGCGCUUCCACCGCUUCUUCCUCUUCCUACCGUCGUUUCACCGCCGCAGGAGAAUGUGCGACGACGUCGGAGUAUUCCUCCUAGACUACGAUGGGUGGAGAAAUGGAUACCUAAUAACGAAACUACUGUCAUGAUCAAGAAUAUCCCAUUUCACUACGACCGUGGAUUGAUGAUACGAUUUCUAGACGAUUUCUGCUUACAGGAGAAUGAAAAAAAUAGAGAUUCAAAUGAAGAAAAUAUUCAUGUCUUCGCUUAUGAUUUCUUGUAUUUGCCUAUGAAUUUCAAAAUGACGAGCAGCGCAGGCUAUGGAUUUGUGAAUUUCACCGAUCACAGAACUCUCUCAAUUUUUUUUGGGCAUUUUAGUGAGAGAGCAAAAGCGUAUCCAAAUUCUGCAAGGAGCGUUCAGAUGGUCAUUGCGAAGAUCCAGGGAAAAAAUGCUUUAGUGAACCGAUACAAGAAUACAAGAUUUGUGUGUGAAUCAGAAGAGUGUCUUCCAGUUCAGUUUAAUCCUCCAAGAAAUGGUUCUAGGGAAUCAGUGCAAGUGAUUACUGUGGGGAAAUUCGAAGUCAUUCCAGAUAUUCCGAUCGAUCGAUUUUAG